CUUCACAUUUCAUGUUCUUGUGGUGCAGGAACGUCUCUAAGGUGGAAUGUACGGCUAAGUUGAUGUUGACGUGAAUUUGAAAACAUGGAGGCAUCUGAUGACAAAGAAGAGGAAGUUCCCUGCUCUGAAAACAGUUUAUGCAAGGAACAAGAAGGCAAGAGGAAACAACAGAAAGAAGAACCCGGACCAACCUGUCUGUCCUUCAAGAGCAGCCACUCAAAAGAUGCCAUUAUUCGUUUUAAUCUUGACCAACCUUCAGAUGCAAAAAGACUUGACCAGAUCUCUGACGUUGGUCAACCUCCCCAUGAGCAUCAAAUGCAGCUGGGCUCCAUAUUUAUGGAACUGGAGAAAAAGAUUGUGAUGUUUGUGAAGGACGAGCUGAAGGAAAUCCAAAAGGUUUUGUGUUCAGAUUACCCAGAAUGUUCUGAGGGUCUGGAAGAGGAUGAGAGGGUGUCUGGAAAUAAGGAUGAAAAACAGAGCAGCAGCAGGAGCAGUAGAGAGGCAUUUUUAAAGAUCACUGUUGACUUCUUGAGAAUGAUGAAUCUGGAUGACCUUGCUGACCUUCUGCAGAGCAAGUCAUUCAUCACAUGUCAACAAACACUAAAGUCUAACCUGAAAAAGAAGCUCCAGUUUGUGUUUGAAGGAAUUGCUAAAUCAGGAAAUCAAAGCUUUCUAAAUCAGAUUUACACAGAGCUCUACAUCACAGAAGGAGACUCUGGAGAUGUCAAUAAGGAACAUGAGGUCAGACAGAUUGAAUCAGUGACCUGGAAACCAGACAGACCAGAAACAACAAUUAGGCACGAAGACAUAUUUAAACCCUCACCUGAUAGAGAUGAACCAAUCAGAGCAGUGAUGACAAAGGGAGUGGCUGGCAUUGGGAAAACAGUCCUGACACAGAAGUUCACUCUGGACUGGGCAGAAGACCAAGCCAACCAGGACAUCCAGUUCACGUUUCCAUUCACGUUCAGAGAGCUGAAUCUGUUAAAAGACCAGCAAUUCAGCUUGGUGGAGCUUGUUCACCAUUUUUUUAGUGAAACCAGAGGAAUCUCCAGAUUUGAAGAGUUAAAGGUUGUGUUCAUCUUUGAUGGUUUGGAUGAGAGUCGACUUCCACUGGACUUCCACAACAAUGAGAUCCUGACAGAUGUAAGAAAGUCCACUUCAGUAGAUGUUCUUCUGACAAACCUCAUCAGCGGAAACCUGCUUCCCAAAGCUCACCUCUGGAUAACCACACGACCUGCAGCAGCCAGUCGGAUCCCUCCUGAGUUUGUUGGCAUGGUGACAGAGAUCAGAGGAUUCACCGACCCACAGAAAGAUGAGUACUUCAUCAAAAGAUUUAAAUAUAAGAAGCAGGCCAGAAUGGUAAUCUCCCAUAUAAAGAAAUCAAGAACCCUCCACAUCAUGUGCCACAUCCCAAUCUUCUGCUGGAUCACUGCUAAAGUUGUGGAAGACAUGUUGAACAAAAAUGAUGGAGAAGAGCUGCCAAAGACCCUGACUGAGAUGUACAUUCACUUCCUGGUGGUGCAGAACAAACUGAAGGGCAUCAAGUAUGAUGGAGGAGCUGAGACAGAUUCAGACUGGAGCGCAGAGAACCAGAAGAUGAUCAAGUCUCUGGGAAAACUGGCUUUUGAUCAGCUGAUGAAAAGAAACCUGAUCUUCUAUGAAUCAGACCUGGCAGAGUGUGGCAUUAAUAUCAGAGCAGCAUCAGUGUGCUCAGGAGUGUUCACACAGAUCUUCAGAGAAGAGAAAGGGCUGUACCAGGACAAGUUGUUCUGCUUUGUCCACCUGAGUGUUCAGGAGUUUCUGGCUGCUCUUCAUGUUCACCUGACCUUCAUUAAAUCAGGAAUCAAUCUGCUGGUAAAAGGUGAAAUGAAAUCCAAGGAAUUGGAAAAAAGAAGCCAUGAAUCUCCAGAGACAGACAUUUACAAGAGUGCUGUGGACAUGGCCCUAGAGAGUCCAGAUGGACACCUGGAUUUGUUCCUCCGCUUUCUACUUGGUCUUUCACUUAAUACCAAUAGGCAUCACUUAGGAGGUCUUGUAAAACAGACAGAAGAAAGUUUAGCAAUUAAUAAAGACACAGCCCAGUACAUCAAAGAGAAGAUAAAUAAUCAUCUGUGUUUUGAGAAAAGCAUCAAUCUGUUCCACUGCCUUAAUGAACUAAAUGAUCAGUCUCUGGUGGAGGAAAUCCAACAAUCUUUAAAUACAGGAGGUCUUUCAACACACCAGCUGUCUCCUGCUCAAUGGUCAGCUCUGCACUUCAUCCUACUUUCAUCAGAGAAAGAUCUGGAGAUAUUUGACAUGAAGAAAUACUCUGCUUCAGAGAAUGCUUUACUGAGGCUGCUGCCAAUGGUCAAAAUCAUUAGCAAAGUUAUACUGAGUGGGUGUAACCUCUCAGAGAGAAGCUGUGAAGCUCUGUCCUCAUUGCUCAGCUCAACAUCCUCUAGUCUCAGAGAUCUGGACCUGAGUAACAAUGACCUGACAGAUUCAGGAGUGAAGCUGCUGUGCAAUGGACUGAUGAGUCCUAACUGUGAACUCAAAAUUCUGAGGCUUUCCGGCUGCCUGAUCACAGACGAAGGCUGUGCUGCUCUGGCCUCAGCUCUGACUGUGAACCCGUCUCACCUGAAGGAGCUGGACCUGAGUUUCAAUUAUCCUAGAGAGGCAGGAAUGGAGAGUCUAGCAGCUAUACUGAAGAAUUCAAGCUUCAGGCUGGAAUCUCUCAACAUGGAGCCUGGAGGAGAAAGAUGGAUGACACCAGGUCUGAGGAAGUAUUCCUGUCCACUAACAGUCGACCUAAACACUGUAAACAGAUUCCUCAAACUUUCUGACAAAAACAGGAAGGUGACAUUUGUGGAGAACGAGGAGCAGCCGUAUCCUGAUCAUCCAGACAGAUUUGAUCUCAAUCAGCUGCUGUGUACUGAUGGUCUGACUGGUCGCAGUUACUGGGAGGUUGAGUGGGGUGGGAAAGUCUAUGUAUCACUGAGUUACAGAGGAAUCAAUAGAAAAGGAGUCAAUGACGAUUCCUGGCUUGGAUUUAAUGAUAAGUCUUGGAGUCUAGUCUGCUCUGAUGAUGGUUACACUGUUUGGCACAAUGGAGAAAAAGCUUUCAUCCCCGUCUCUUCCUACUCCUCGUCUCCCUCUGGCAGAGUAGCGGUGUAUGUGGACUGUCCUGCUGGGACUCUGUCCUUCUACAGAGUCUCUUCAGAUACACUGAUCCACAUCUACACCUUCAACACCAAAUUCACUGAACCUCUUUAUCCUGGAUUUGCAUGCAGGAAUCGUUGUGGGGGGUCUUGGUUCUUGUUUUAGUGUAAUAUUUUCUAAGUCAGAGGAAAUCUAACUUUACAUGUGUUUCUUCCAAUAUAUGGUUUUAGACUAACAUUAUUUAUAAAAAUUUGUUCAAACAGCUUAUAUAAUCACAAAGUGCUUCACAAUAGAUACUACAGUCUGCAGGAACUCCAGCACCACCCUGUUGCAUUGUCGAUGCGCUCAGGUCUGUCCUGAACCUGUCCACUAGAUGGUGCAUUUAGCAAAUUUUCCAAAUCACCUUCAUUUCAGUUCAGCACAAGCCCAGCAGCAAGCCUUAAAGGUUUUGCUAAAAUCUGACUUUCCAGACUGGUGGUCAUUGUCACUUCCUAUUUUGUGGCGCAGGAUUGGUGGGGACUUCCUGUAGGGUUCAGAACAUGUCUUGUGUGUUUGUCAAGAUUUAGAGGAUAUAGUUUCAAUCUUAUGUUGGAGGAGCCAUCCAAUAAUCUUCUUUUUUUUCUGAGUGGGCGGGGCUUACGUGAUGUCACUAAACUACCACACCAAUAUGUGAAGCAGAACCCCCUGAUGAUGCACAAAAAAUCUGGUGCAGAUCAGAUGAUGUAUCAUGGAGAUAUAACUGUUGGAAUAAUUUAGGGGGCGCCCUGGAGUCAAAUUUCAAUAUAAACCUUUUGGCCUUUGAAGAGGUUAACAAAAGUCAUUUUUUUGAUACAAAUUGGAUGAUGCACGUGUGAUUUAGUGCCAACUGUAUGUAAACUUCAAGGGAUUAGAAUUCGUCAUUCUAUCACAGCAACAUGCUGCAGCCACCAGCCAUUGCUGAGAGAAGGAUUCAGCAUCAUGUUGUUCUGUCAUUGGACUCGGGUCUAAAUUAGUAUGAAUCAAACAGCAAAAUUAUGACCACCAGCAGGAAAACAGGUGAUCUCCUGUUCAAAGGGGCGGGGCUAAGGUGAUGUCACAUAUUGACCAUGUGAAUGUGAUCAACGCUGGUCUGUUAUGACACAUAGAAAGUCUGAAGCAGCUGUGAGUUUGUGUGUGGAAGUGAUUCCAUCUUGACAUUUAAGUUUCUUAAGAAUUUCACAGACUGUUGCAUAAUGGAAUUACUUAAUGUAACUUGUAUUAUAUACUGAAGUCUUUUUAUAACUGGGUGGUCCUAAGAGUGACAGACAUACUGUAUGCCUACAAUCCUUUUGCCAAAAAACUGAAAUUAAUAUUUAAAAACUUUUAUCAUGUCUUUUACUGUAACUUUACUAAAUAACACAAAAUAUU